CACUGAUGAUCAGUGUGCCAUGAUGAUCUGUGUAGCCCCCAGCAGUGCCACCUGUCAGUGUCCAUCAUGCCACAAAUCAGUCCUGCCAGUUGCCAGCAUAUCAAUGCCCAAUCAGUGCCUGAGCUGCCUUUCAGUGUCACCCAUCAUCAGUGCCAAUCAGUGCCUAUCAAUACCAAUCAGUGCUGCCAAUCACACCAUCAGUGCCAGCUAUUAAUGCCAAUCAGUGCCACCUAUCAGUGCUGCCAAUCAGUACACCUAUCAGUGCCAGUUAGUGCCAGCUAUCAAUGCCAAUCAGUGCCACCUAUC